AUGGUAGCCCGCUCGUCUCGCUCAGCGGCUACGAUCACCAAACCGUCGAGCUCGAAAGCCAAAGCGGCGGCCAAAGAGAGCAGCGCUCUGGCCGACCGACCCACCGGCGCAUUGCAGCAACAUCACGACGAUUCGGACCUGACGCGCCUGACGAGCAGCCACGGCCACGGCAACGGUAACGGGGCAGUCCCUCGCUCAUCACCUCCAUCACCUUCAACCGUGUCGUCGAUGUCGCAAGCCGAGGACGAGGAUAUGCUCGACGACGAUCAGGCAGCAGCGAACCACGCCAGAGGUGGUGCUACAAACGACGGACUGGACGAGGACAUGCGUACGGCAAUUGCUGCACUCGGCAUCAUGAGGCGAGGGGGCAGCAGUAACGGAGGGACCGCACCACCCUUGACGCCGCAGCAACCCCAAAUGAACCACUCCGAUCACCCGCAUGGAUCCGAGACCACCUCUUCGACUUCGUACACGGUCACCAACGGUCGGGCUAGCGGCUGGACCGGACCGUCGACGAUCAGUGGUGGCGCAUCGUCCUCGAGCUCGGCGGCUUCAACCUCGAGUUCAUAUCUCGACCACACGAGAACCUCGUCGAGCGUCGGCACAUCCGAAGGCACCAUGUCGGACGACUUGCAUCACAAUUACGACGGCAACGACAAGUCAGGACUCGGCGACGACGGCACGAGCUCGAGUGCAGCUGGCGCCGAAACUGGGAACGUGAACGUGAAUGACCCCAACUUCAUCGCUCGCGUGUCGCAGCUGCCAAUCGUCUCAGGCGGAAUCGAAUGGUACGAAAGGAGCAAGGCCAAUUCUCGGGUUGUCAAGGUCAGUGCUGUUGCAUCUUCUCUGUCGUGGUCUUGCUCUCUUCUCGCGGUACUUGCCCCCCCUCCCUGCUGGCGUCGAGCCUCUCGUCUCGUCAUGGAAAUUCCCCUCGCUCGGCGCGCGCGCGCGCGCGUCGACUUUCGCAUGUCAGACGGAUGACGGCGCCUCGACUAAGCGAGUUAGCACUCGCCCCCGCGAGCGCCCCCUCCCCCACUCCACCCAUCCGGGCCGGCCGUCAAAGCGGCUUCCGCCAUUGAUGCAGCACAUCCACAUUUUUGCGCCUGACAUGCAAUGACAUGACCCGAGACUGUGUACUGACUCUUUCUACACUCUGUCGACCCCCUCACCUCUCACCUCGCACCUUCCUUUGCUGCUACCGCUCCCUUGAUGUAUGCACCCCCCUCUAUCACGCGGAACAUCGGUCCCCCACGCCGGCCAUAUCAUCCCAAUUUGCGCUCGAACCCUUGUCCUCCUCGCUUGCGCGGUGCGCGGACAUUCGUCAAAACCGCUAUAGUACGGAGCUGGCGUAGUCGAGUCGUCCAUCUCGACCAUUGGACGACCGAUCGCCAACAACCUACGACUAGGCUCGCUCGACGACUUUGCGUGCCGACAACUCGACCGAUUUGGCUCGAGCCCAUCGACGACCGACCAGACACCACUGCCGGCGAUCCAGUCUCAACAAGAGCGCGGCGAUGAAAAAACGAAUGAUGCCGAGAUGGCUCAAUCUUCUUCCUCGACAAGAAGGAGGCAUAGCAAAGGAUCAUCCAUGGGUAUUGAUGGGGAGGAAGAAGGGAGGGCGGUCAAUGAAGAACAACUGCAGGUCGGCACUCAACAGGUCAGCGCCGAAGGGAGGUCAAGGUGGCAGACGGUGCUUGUUGAGGCAGGAGGGCUGGGUGCGGCAGUCAGUGAGGAGAGUUUGAAGAGCUUGCGAUACUGCCUUCAGUGGCUGUUAGUGAGUGUUCUAGCGUAUUCCUCGCACCUUGGUGGCUUGCUCACAAGCCCCUGUACGUUCCCCUCCUCCAGUACGCGACGGCGCAUCUGGAUCAUCAAAUCGCGACACUCCGAGAAUUCAUCGCUUCCCUUCACUCACAUACCGGCCGCGAAUCGGACGCCCUCGUCACGGCUUCUGCAUCGGCACGCCUUUCCCAGAUCAAGCACGAUGUAGUCGAGACGAUCCGAAAGGUCGUCGAUGUCGUGUCCAAGUAUGCCGGCGUGGCGCUUCCCGAGCAAGCCAAGCGAUACGUCCGACAGAGCAUUUUGGGCCUGCCGGUCAAAUGGGCGUCUGCAAUCGAAGGUUCGAGGAAUGCUAGAGCACAGUCGAUAGGCGCACCUAGCACUGCGAGUACACCACGAGCCGAGAGGAUGGAGGAUCCGUACGCCGCUGCCUCCGCACCGAGUCCGGGACCUUCCUCCUCGACAGCAACGACGGAGAACGCAGGCUCCUCGACUGCUCUAGCUCCGACCGAAGACGCCGCCGAACGCAUCCUGACUUUCGCCGUAGAGAGUUUGGACAUGCUCAGGGGUGUGACUGGCAUCUUUUCGGACUCAGUCGCGCGUGCCGAAGAGUGAAUUGCUUCUGGAAUGUCAUCCGACCAGCAUAUAUCUUUGCUGACUGUACCUUUCCUAUCAUGAAUACAGCUGGAUCGAACGCCUCCGCAUUAUCGGCCUCGACCGCCAACACCAGCGACAACACGCCGACGGCGUCAAUGCGAUGCCCCCACCUGCGAUCGACGGCUCGGCGACGGGAAUGAAACGCCGUCGGGCGAUCGGAAGCGAUGGAGAGAUUCGGGACAGCACAUUGAGUGGCGUUGGGGCGCAAGCUGGGGAAGCCGAUGAAGGCAUUACACGGAGAAAGCGAGGGAACAGAUCACGCGAGCCAACCGCAUCCCUCGAAUGA